AUGGUUUUCACCAUAUUUGAGAACGGAGCAGAUGGAGCGGCGAUCAGGAUCACAUCCUGCGACCAGCGCUCCCACCUGGACAAAGAACGGCUGGUCAUACUCUCCUCCGGGUGGCUGCGACUCGACGGCGCAGACCGCUGCAACAAGAAGAUCCGUAUCAGAGCGAAGAACAGGAGGUCAGUCCGGGCCAAGGUCGUCGACGAAUGUGACUCGGUUAACGGCUGCGACGAGGAGCACGGCUUCGGACCCCCGUGCCGCAACAAAGUUCUGAAUGCUUCGCCGGGAGUGUGGAAGGCUCUCAGGCUCAAUGGAACCAUCGGAGAGAAAUUUUGGCAAAAACUCCAUGAACAAGCAGUAACAGUAUGGUACUAUGUUCUUAAGCUUAUUCUCAGAUUUGUUGCUACAAAAGAUGUAAUGAUCAUCACACUUACAUUGUCAAGAGAGGGAUUUGGAGUUGGUGAAGCCACAGCCACAGAGAGGCAGAGGAGCUGGGGGAGAAGGAAGAUGAGUUGCAUGCAAGACAAUCAUGCAUCAUAUAAGAAAAAUGAAGAAGCGAAUAUUCAAACAGAUUACAGUCUUUUCAGAAUUUUAAAUGGGUUUACACAACCAGGUGCAAACUGCAAAGCAGUUAACAUAUUCAGAGACAGAAACACAGCAUGA